AAGAUGAGAAUCUGAAUGAAUGUCUCACAUUGCUCUUCCCACGUCUGUUUACGCGUCAAACCUCUCUCUCUCUAGCUUCCCCUCCCCCGAAAAACAAGAAACUUUUGUAAGGAGCCAAAAAUCCCAACAACAAAUCUUCAUUCCACAAACAUUUUCUUAAAUUUUAUCAUUUUCUUCUUCUUUUACUGUUGCUGAUUAUCGUUAUUUCCACCAAAUUUAUCUUUUUUGAUUGUUUGAAUUCGUGUUCUGCAUGCAUUCAUGUCAUUUCUUGCCACCUUUGUAUACCCAUCGUAGCUUGAAAUGACAUGCAAUUGCCUAGAACGGACGUUUACAAGGGCUCUCUCCGACGAUCAAGAAUGUUUCAGUUGCAUUAAAAUUUAGUGUAUUAAGGAAUUUUGAUUAGAUAAUGAGCAGGAAAUUUGGCGAAUGGGGUAAUUAUUUGAGAGGCAAUGGAAUUGAGAAAACCUGGCUAUUCUUUUGUGUUGAUCAUAGUUUUUCUUUGCGCAUUGCUCAUGGGGAGAACACGAGGCAUCAUGAUGACGACGAGACAGGAUAUGUUUUUUGGCAAUUGCUGUGCUCGUAUCAAUCAACAACUUGAAGAGUUGGCAUGGAUGUAUUGCAGGAAAGAAUUGAUAGACAAGAAAGAUUGUUUUCAAGCUUUUAUCUUUGGUUUGCUUCAGGAGUCACCUGCGAAGUCGGAAUCCACAUACGUAUGUGAAGUUAUCAGCGUUGUGCCAAUCCAGCUGAGACUACAACUUGUGCAUUGUCUAAGGAAGAACAUUUUAAGUUUUGGUUCUUUAGUCCAGAGGGCUAGUUCAACAGAAUGGUUCAUCAAGUGUUUUGAGUUGCCUUUUCAUUGGUCAAAUACUCCUAGAAGAUAUCCGACUAGUACGUCUCACCAACAUCUAAAUUCAGUUCUUGAUCCAUCUUUAGCUUCAGAAUCUACAGCAGCAAUCCCGGAUUAUGAUCCAGCAUCCACCCGGUAUCCUCCACUGUUCCCUCCAACUCAUCGAUUCUCUCGGAAGAAGCUACAAGAACAUCUGCAGCAUCCUCCACCUCCGCCUCAUACAAGUCGUCAACAUUCUCCACCAAAGCCACAUAAAAAGCCACAAUCUCCUGAUGUUCAAAAUGAAAUUUUGGUUGCCAUUGUUGUAACUGCAUCAGCGACAUUUUGUUUUGUUGCCACUGUCUUUUGCUGCUGGCUUUGUUUUAGGGGUAAAAACAAGAAAAUUGGACCGGAAGAUCAUAGAAUAAGAGAUGACAGGCCUCUUCUCCACUUGAGCGAUUUCUCUGCUAGUUCCUCACAAAAUUCAUCUAGUUUUGGAAAAUCCUUCUACAAAGAGUAUAGUUCUAGCAGUGCAAAGACUAUGUCUUUCAAGAGCAAUUUGUCCAUGAAGACUGGAAAUCACGGUUCUGUCGGAGCUGAGGCUGCAUUGUCGAAAGUCAAUGGAGAAGGAGUUCCUCCGCUUAAACUUCCACCCGGAAGAUCAGCUCCUCCACCUCCUGAACCACCUCCACCUCCUCCCCCUCCUCCUCCUCCUCCCCCUCCUCCUCCUGCUCCUCGUCCCCCACCACCCCCACCACCAAAAGUUGUUCGUGCACCACCUGCUCCUCCAUCAAAGGCCAAGUUAAAGACUUCACCUCUUGAGACACAUCAACGAAAACCCAGUGAUCCUGCCAAUAAAGAUGAUGAUGGUGAUGCUUCUACCAAGGCUAAGUUGAAGCCAUUCUUCUGGGAUAAGGUCAUGGCUAGCGCUGAUCAUUCUAUGGUCUGGCAUGAGAUUAGUGCUGGAUCAUUCCAGUUCAACGAGGAGAUGAUAGAGACAUUAUUUGGUUAUAGUACUUCUGCUAAUGCAAAAAAUGAGCGCAGAAGAGAUUUAGCAGAACCUUCAGUCCACUACAUACAAAUCAUUGAUAACAGGAAAGCACAAAACUUAUCAAUUCUUCUACGGGCAUUGAACGUGACUUCAGAAGAAGUUCUUGAUGCCCUACGAGAAGGUACUGAACUUCCAAUGGAGCUCCUGCAAACAUUGCUGAAGAUGGCACCGACAUCAGAAGAAGAAUUGAAGCUUAGGUUAUUCACGGGUGAUCUUUCUCAGCUGGGUCCGGCAGAGCGUUUCCUUAAAAUCCUGGUUGAAAUACCAUUUGCUUUCAAACGAAUGGAGUCAUUGCUGUUUAUGGGUUCUCUUCAGGAAGAAGUAUCAAUACUUAAAGAGUCUCUUAUAACUCUUGAGAUUGCAAGUGACAAGCUCAGGAACAGUAGGCUAUUCUUAAAACUAUUAGAAGCAGUUCUGAAAACUGGUAACCGCAUGAAUGAUGGUACAUACCGUGGUGGUGCACAGGCUUUCAAGCUUGACACGCUCUUAAAACUCUCCGAUGUUAAGGGUACGGAUAGCAAGACUACUCUUUUGCACUUUGUAGUUCAAGAGAUCAUCCGCUCUGAAGGUAUACGUGCUGUCCGUGCAGCAAGAGCAAGCCAGAGUGAUUGUAGUGUGAGGUCUGUAGAUUCAAAUGAUGAUUGUAGUCAGGAGGCUGUAGAGCACUAUCGCAACCUCGGUCUUAAGGUGAUCUCAGGCUUAAGCACCGAACUAGAAGAUGUGAGAAAGGCAGCUGCAAUAGAUGCUGAUGUGAUAGCAGCAUCAGUGUCCAAACUUACACAGUCACUAAUUAAAAUUAAAGCUUUCCUGGACUCUGACAUGAACAGUCCGGACGAUGACAGUAAAUUUUUUCGUACACUGGCUAGUUUUGUGGAUCGUGCAGAAUCUGAAAUCGCAUUUAUUCAAGCAGAAGAAAAGCGGAUAAUGAUUAUGGUACAGAGUACAGCAGACUAUUUUCAUGGGAAUGCCGGAAAGAAUGAAGGCUUACGGUUGUUCACAAUUGUACGUGAUUUCUUGAUAAUGGUAGAUAGGGCAUGCAGAGAUGUUAGAGAUGACAGAGCAGCAAGGCCUACGAGGGCAUCUAAGAAGGAGGCUCCGGAUCCUAACCGCCAAAACUCAGACCAUCGGCGGCAUCAAUUGUUCCCUGCCAUCGCAGGAAGACGCAUUGAUUCUUCAAGUUCAGAUGAUGAGAGCGCAUCCCCUUAGCUUGUAUUCUAUAGGUGGCUUGAAUUCUUGGAGCCUUGAUGACUAGAUUGUAGAUACUAUGACAAGGAAAGCAACUGCAUACAUAAUUAGGUGCUGUCUGCAGCUGUUAAUAUGACAUUUUGACGGUAGAAAGUACGCGAAUUGACUCGGAGGCGAGGCUGAGUUUCUGUUGAAACAUCUGUUGUACAGUUUAGCAUUCAUCUUAUAAAGCAUAUAGAAAUGUAUUUACUAAUGGAGCUGAGUGUCUCUAAUUCAACAUGUAAUCUUGCCAUUAAAUACAAUGUAGAAAUUCUUUACAUCUU